AAAGUUGUACAUUUUUUUCUCUUUUCGAAUUUUUUACUAAUAGCGAAUUUGAAACUAGGCGAGUGUAUAUUCUCUUUUAAAAGGCGCGAAUUUCAGCGUGACAAGGUAAUACAUUGCAGUGUCGCUAGAGAUAACACUACAUUGGAACGUAUUUCGAAGAACACAUUGACGUGCUGUUUUCUGCAAAACCGUACCUAUAUAUUCUGGUUUUGGGGAAGAUAAAGUUGCACAGAAACAUGGAUAUAAGGACUUUUUUAUUACCUGAUCUCAUCUCAACACAAAGACAGUCCUCGCCACAAGCACAAGAAGUUCCACAUUUUUUAUCGUUUAACGUCGUUGGAAUGCCUCCAGAACCGAUAUCCAUGCCACCUUCGUAUAAUGAAUCUCAACGGCAGUUUUCUACCUCCAAAGUGGUACAGUCACAACCCUUUCCAUUUCCCAUGCCCCCUGGUUUUCCCCUACCAUUACCCUGUCAUUAUGCUGACUUGCAAAAUAACAUAGCUAAUUUAAAUGCUGAGCGACAGCGUUUGAAACAAAAUUUAAACGAUUUAACGCUCAGUUUGGAUCUCCACAAACAAUUGUUAAUCCAAAAAGAAGAACAAAUUAAUAAUAUGAAAGAAAAAUUACGAAGCAAAAACAAAAUUCUAUCCUCAAUCCUUUCCAACCAACACAAAAAGGAUUUCGCUAUUCAACGACAAAAAAAUCAACUCUACACUCUCAUGGAUGAGUUAUCAAUGAAGGAUCAAAUUAUUGCCGUGAAGAAAAACAACAUUGAUUACGUCAUCGACAAAGAACCUUUCACACUUCACUCUGGUCUCGCCCACCCAUCACAUACAAUGAAAGUAUCUGUAGCUACAAUGACAACGGGAUUAUCAAACGAGUUAUUCGAUGAAAAGAGAGACAAAAAUAUGCAUGAAAUUGUGGAUGAUCUGUUUAAAGAAGACAACAGUAAUGCAUCUGAAGGUGGAAGUAUUGAAGAUGAAAAUGAACUAGCAUCGCUUGAGGAUUUUGAAGAUGAAUUUGAAGAAUCAGACGACGAUUUUGAUGACACAACAAUUUUACCCAAAUAGAACCUUAAAUAUUCUCGAAAUAGUGCAGCUAUAAUUUUGUAAUUUUUACUUCUUUUUUAAUGCUUAUUUAUUCUAUUUUUAUAAUUUUAACGGUCAAUGCACUUGUAGACUCAGUCUCUCUGGCGUGGACCAUCGCGACCGUACCCCGCCAGACCCGCCCCAGGCUUGACUGCGAAACGACGGGCAGCUACAUGGUGACAGGCGGCACCUGUUACUUUGGGUGACCUUGUUACAGCUUUCGACGCAAGACAGAUGUAAGCGUCAGCU